AAAUAUGAAAAAAUUUGAGAAGCAAGGAUCCGGACCUAUUUCACUGAGCUUUGAACCAACUCCGAUCAACAGACAGUUUGGAGAGUUCAGGGGUGGGUUCGAUGAGCUCAGUUUCACGAAGAAAUCUGAAGAUAUGCUUUUUGCAAAUAAUAACGCCUUUGGAGAUUACGUCUCUAAUUCUAAUAUUUAUCGAGAUGUGUCACCCAUGACAAGGAGAAGGAAGGCCCAAAUUAUCGAGCAGAGCAAGGGCAUGAGGUUUUCAUCUCCUGACAAGACUCCAAUUGACCUGAGCAAGUGCUCUCAUUGUCCGUUAUGCAAACAGAGCCUUAUGAAGCUCAACUCGAAGGAGCCAGAAACUCCGAUGAAGACUCCGAAUACACGCCGUAGGACUGCUGCAAUGAGAAAUGGCCAAAAUGGAAUGGCUAACGCUAAGAGGGUCAAAGAAGAUGAGAGUGAAGAUAGCGAAUUCUCUCUUGAGAAGAAACUUAAGAAGGCCAAGGAAGAUCCUAAUCAGAAUAAGAGAAGAAAAUCUAAGGCACAAGUCAAAAUGCUAGAAAAUGAGCUUGAAGCAAACCCUCAUUGGACUAAUGAGGAUAUGGUAAAGAUUGCAAAGAAGACUGGAUUGACGAAAUCUCAGGUAUAUAAAUGGAAUUGGGAUCAGAAAAAGAAGCUCAACAUUCUACCCAGUAAAGUGUAUGUUGUACAACUUCCAAAUGAUAUGCUUGAUACGAAAUCAGGACAAAUAGUCCUGAAAGGUGCGGAUGGACUGAAAAAGCUCCAAACAUUGAACUUAGAAUCAAUAGUCAAGAACGCAAACAAAAAGUAGAGAGCCUCACCAACUUGCGGACCAGUAUUUAUGAUUUAAUUUAGGUUGUUCAU